AUGCCAUGUUUAGUCAACUUGAUUGUUUACAUUACAGAAACAAGAAAAAUUCCUACAAUUAACAAUUUUGUUAUGAAUGCUGCUGUUGGAGUUACCAAAUCUUCAACUGGAGAAGAACAUUAUGUGGACAAUUUAAAUGUGAAGUUCUUGAAGGUGAUGGCGACGAAUUUAACAAUCAUGGAACUUGAGAAUGAAGAAUUAAAACCAUCAGACAUUGUUGUAACAAUGACUGCAAUAGCAAUGAACCAACACGGAAGGGAUGACAGCAGUAGCAGAACCGUAACCACCUUAAACACUGUAGAAGCCACACAAGAGAUUAUGUCCUCGAUUGAAAAUCCCAAAAGAAAAAAAAAGGGAAAAGCUCCUGCUGCAUCCAUUAGAACAAAGGUAAAAAUACAAAAAUUAGCUAAUUUGGCAGUUCAGAACAUUGAUGAUGGUGAAUGCAGCACACCAGUGGCAGACAAUGACGAAGAUAAUGAAUGA